AUGCCAGAUGUUUGUACUAAGAAGAACUCCAGUACCCUGCAAAACUACCUUUCUCAGGAUUCGUGGAGAGGAGAUGCUGCUGCAAAGUUUAAGAUUCCAGGAAAGGAAGGAGAGACUAAGAAGGGCAUCUCAGAGAGACUUCUAAUGAGACAUCUCCAACUCCACUGCUGCCACAUAAGUGGGAAGCAAAGAGAACAUUGGAGUGGGGAGUGGCACAAGGUUCGAAUUUUGGAACUGAGUUUUCCCCUCCUUAAAACUAUUUUUCUGAAAAAGCUUGGUUUGCACUGGACAAUUCUGAAUAGAGCAAGAGGCAUCCGCUCAUAA